CAGCCAAGCCGCAGCCCCCGGCCCGCCCGUCUUGGCCCCGUGUCACCCGAGCGCAGCUCGGUUUGGUCCUGCGGUGUCACCUCGUGCCCUGGCCUCAACGCAGCUCAGGCAAAAGAAAAGUGAUACUAGGAAAGACAGAGGAAGUGAAAAUGCUGCUGCCCAAACUUCUGCUUUUCCAUCCGCUUUUUCCACACUCAGAGUUUCUGCGGCCUUUGCUGCUGCAGCUGACUUGCCCUUUGGAUUGGCUCAGCGCUGGGCUGGGCUGGGGGCAUCACUCCGCUCCAGUGGUAACACCCAUCCGGGGAGCGGGGAGCUUCGAGCAAGGCACGUGGGGAGGGCCGGGGUCUUCCUCCAGGAGCAGUCCAGCCUCUGGCAUGUGGUUCCCAUAACCCGGUCUGGGUCCAUCCCGUGGCGGGGAGUGGGCCGUGGGCUUUGCUGCAUCCCCCACACCCGCGGCGAGGGGCCGACCCACCGCCCCCCUUUUUCCACGCCGUUUCUCCCGCUUUGCCUCCGAGACCUGCAAGAGAGGAUCUCCCGGCUGCUGGCGGAGAAGAAGGACCUCGCGGCCGAGGCCCAGGAGCUGCAGAGGUGCAACAGGGAGCUGCGGGAGCAGCUGGAGCAGGAAAGCAGGGAGAAGGAGAUGCUGCGGGCGGCCCUGGACAGGGACCAGCGGGCCCUGAAGUCCUUCAAGAGAGUGUCCCGGAUCGUCACACAGGAUUACUGCGAGGCCGUGCAGCAGCUGGAGCUGGAGCAGGAGCUGCGGCUGCACGCCGAGGCCUUCGCCCACCAGAUGCUGGUGGAGAAGAAGGAAGCCAACAGGCAGAGCAGCAUCCUUCUGCAGAGCGGGGGGCCCAACGCGCAGCUCCUCCGGGCCCUGGAGGACAUGGGCAACCUCACGCGCAUGCUGGAGGAGGCCAAGCGGGAGCACCAGCUGCAGGCGCUGGAAGAGCAGCUGGAGACGAGCCCGCGGCAGGAGGAGCUGGACCUGGCCCGAGCCGCUCUCGCCGCCGCCGAGGAGGAGAAAGCACAGUUGCGGCAGCAGCUGCAGGAGGCCCAGAAGCAGCUUGCAGAGCUGGAGAAAAAAGUGCGGGCGCUGGAGGAGACGCUGCCUGGGGACCCGCCGUCGCGGCCCGACCCGCCGUCACCGGCUGCGCCCGCAGCACCGCCGCCGCCGCCACCGCCGCUGCCGCCGCCGCGACCUGCUGUGCCUGCGGACCCGCUCUCGGUGAUCCGGCAGAGGAAGGGGCUGGUGAAGGGGAAUCGCGCCGAGCCGGCCGCCGAGGACGUUAAAGCUCGAGCCGUGCAGGAGAUGAUGGAGCGCAUUAAGAGCGGCGUGGUCCUGAGGCCGGCGAGGGGGCGGGCGCUCCCGGGCCAGGGCCCGUCCGCGGCCGCCGGCGAGCGGCAGAGCGCCGCGGUGGAGCUGCGGGCCGUGCUGCCCCGCGGGCUGCGCCGGCGGCGGGUGCCCGGGGCGGCCGGACGCCUCCAGCUCGGCGUGGCCGCUGUCGUUCGCUAG